AUGUCAAAUGCCUAUCCAUUUUAUUCAUCAUCUUUAUCAAUAAUUAACAAUAAAAAUACCGACAACGACAACAAUGAUAUUAAACAUCGAGAUUGGUUUUUGUUAAAUAAAAAAACUUUGAUUAAUGAUAAUGACAAUAUUUAUUUAGAACGUAAUGAACGUGGUACAGGUUUUUAUAUUGUUCGUAAUGGUGAUUAUAUUCUUCUUAUUCCCGAUUCGAAACAUCAUUUUACAAAAAAUAUGCGUCCUUAUAUUGGUCGUCGACGUUAG